AUGGGGGGGAAGCUAAAUGUUCUUCUUGGCAGGAACAGCAACGAAUCCAGGAUCGAGACUCUCUCAAAACUCGCCAUCUCUAGGAUCGCCAUCCUCAGAAAACAUCGAGAAGUCCGGCUGUUCCAUGCCUGGUCAGAUGUCGUUCAGCUACUGAGCCUUGGACACCAAGAACGCGCUCUCCUCCGCGUUGAGCUUGUAAUUAAGGAGCAGAAUCUGGUGGAUGCGUUUUGCAUCUUGGAAUGCUACUGCCACAUCCUUGUGCAGAGGGGAAUGCUCAUUCAAAAGAACAUGGAAUGUCCCGAGGAGCUCAAAGAGGCAGUAUCUAGCUUGACGUUUGCAGCUUCAAGGAGCGGGGACUUCCCUGAGCUCCAGGGGAUCCGCACUGUCAUCACAAAGAUAUACGGGGAAGAGUUUGUGGCUCGAGCAGUUGAACUACGCAAAGACUCUGGAGUGAAUCCUAGGAUUAUUGAGAAGUUCUCCACGAGAAAACCAAGCGUGGAAAGUAGGAUGAAGUCACUGCAAGAAAUCGCCUACGAAAAUGGAAUGAUUUUGCACUUCAAGGAUGCUGAUGAUGAGAUAGGCGAGGAUGAGAGCUUCUCGUACUCCAUGAAGUGGAGGGAGUACAACGACGUGGUCACCGCUGUGAGGCUAUCAGCAUCGGGAUAA